AAACAUUAAAAACCAAUUAUUACAUUCAAUUUUCAUAUGAAAACGAACAUUGUUAUUCGAUGUAAUAACAAGAAUAAUAUCAUGGAAUGAGGAAAUAUUAUCUUGGAGUCUUAUAGUUCUUCGGAGUCAACUGUUGAUAAUGUUUUGUCCAAGCCGCGUUUCCCUCAGGAUGGUUGGGAAGGAUGGGAAGGUGGAGAGCAAGCGAGAAAUCGUGAAACAAGGAUUUAUGGUGAAACGAUCGCAGAAUAAGAAAAGAUUUACGCCAAUCAAUUUUAAACAACGGUGGUUUGUUUUAACCAGAAAUUUUCUCACAUAUUAUGACAAUGAUGGAGAGCGACGUAAGGAAAGAGGUAGAAUUGCUAUCGAGAGUGUACACGUGGUGGAAACGGCAUCCCUUGGAUCCGGAAGCGGCAGCGACGUGGCUGCCGGUAACGAGUCAGGAUCCGGAGGCGGGGGUGGAAUACCCCCAGGCCUACCGUUUCAAGUUGGAUAUCGAGAAGCUGGCCAAGAAUACACGCUUUAUCUCUUGGCAGCACGAGAGCAAGACCGAGCAGAGUGGAUUCGUGCACUUCGCGCAGUGUGCAGUGAAAACCCUGGAUUAUCAGGCCGUUUUCACGCCGGACUUUGGAGUGGUAAACGUUGGUCUUGCUGUCGUUUAUCAUCUCGUUCAGCUGAGGGUUGCGACACUUGCAGUUCGUGGUCAUCAUCAAAGCCACCCUCUUCAAACGCUACGACAAAUUCCUCAAGUCCUCCAUCGGCUAUUAAUACGAUAACGAACACGUCUGGAGGUGAUCACGAGAGGCGAACUCAACAACAGCAACAACAACAACAACAACAACAACAGCUACUGCUAACGACAACAACAACCACAUCGACCACCACAAUUGGUAUAGCUGCUGAAACCAACAACAAUCCCGUUAUCCAGUCACAGACACGCUUAACAGUGGGAACUCCUUCAACUCCAAUAAUGCCAGGUGGAACGCCAGGAACGCCUUCCUCCAAAGCAAAGGAGAAAAUAAUGCUAAGAACAAAAGUCGUGGUAGCACUUUAUCCAUUCCGGGCUAUUGAAGGAGGCGACUUGUCACUGGAGAAGGGCGCCGAGUACGAGGUGCUUGAUGACUCUCAAGAACACUGGUGGAAGGUCAAGGACGAGCACGGUUCCAUCGGAUAUAUUCCAAGUAAUUACGUGAAAGAGAAGGAGCUUUUGGGUCUUCAGAAAUAUGAAUGGUACGUGGGCGAUAUGUCGAGGCAACGUGCAGAAUCUCUACUCAAGCAAGAGGACAAAGAGGGCUGUUUCGUCGUUCGCAAUUCAUCUACCAAGGGCUUGUAUACCCUCUCGCUUUACACUAAAGUCCCUCAUUCACAUGUUAAACAUUAUCACAUAAAGCAGAAUAGUCGUGGAGAAUUUUACCUUUCGGAAAAACAUUGUUGUGGCUCUAUACCAGACUUAGUUAAUUAUCAUCGACACAACAGUGGUGGACUUGCUAGUCGAUUGAAGACCAGUCCUUGUGAUCGUCCUGUGCCACCGACCGCAGGUUUGAGUCAUGAUAAAUGGGAAAUUGAUCCAACCGAGCUUCAUCUACUGGAAGAACUUGGCUCGGGACAGUUUGGCGUAGUUCGACGUGGAAAAUGGCGUGGUUCCAUCGAUGUUGCUGUUAAAAUGAUGAAAGAAGGUACCAUGUCUGAGGAUGAUUUCAUUGAAGAGGCAAAAGUCAUGACCAAGCUACAGCAUACAAAUCUAGUCCAACUGUACGGGGUGUGUAGUAAGGAUCGACCAAUAUACAUUGUUACUGAGUAUAUGCGACAUGGAUCUCUUCUCAACUACCUCCGUCGAAAUGAAUCCAGCUUAUCCGCUAAUGUCGGAUAUCUUCUUGAUAUAUGUAUACAGGUCUGCAGAGGAAUGGCAUAUCUUGAGAGGCGUAAUUAUAUCCAUAGGGAUUUAGCAGCUCGUAACUGUCUUGUUGGAUCAGAGAAUGUUGUGAAAGUAGCGGAUUUUGGUCUGGCGAGGUAUGUCUUAGACGAUCAGUACACGAGCAGCGGUGGAACUAAGUUUCCAAUUAAGUGGGCACCUCCAGAAGUUCUGCACUAUACGCGGUUCAGUUCGAAAUCUGAUGUCUGGGCUUACGGUGUUCUUAUGUGGGAAGUUUUCACUUGUGGCAAGAUGCCUUACGGCCGUCUAAAGAAUACAGAAGUAGUAGAGAGAGUACAACGUGGAAUCGUUCUUGAAAGACCCAAAGCAUGUGUUAAGGAAGUUUAUGAGAUCAUGAGAAAAUGUUGGGCUCACUCUCCUGAAGUUCGGCCAUCAUUCCGUGUUUUGAAAGAACAGCUCAUUAACGUCAACCAAGGGUUGGUCAAUGAUUGACUCAACGUUCUGCGGUGUCUGCCCCUCUCCUUGUCUUCAAUUAAUCGCACGAUUGUCACAUCCAAAUCACCGUCCCCAGGGCGGUCUCCCCCCAUCGUGCCACCAUUAAGCUCUUCCUAUAACUCCGCGACUCUUCCUACACCGCGAAAAAUACGAGAACCUGCUUCGUUACCAACAUCUAUUGAUUUUCUUCAUCUAUCUUCAUCGUCAUCAUCAUCAUCAAGUAAAAAUAAAAAAGAUGAACUCACAUCAUCGCCAAAUAAAACUGCCGGUCAAUUAGCUAGCCAGCCAUCGUCAAGUAGCUCGUCGAACGUCUGUGAAAUUUGCAGUAUGUAUGGACACCCUUGGAUUGCAAUGUGUAAUGCAAUUCGUGCUACCAAGGGACAGUGAUUUACGUUCGCCGAUACUUUAGGCUUAUAAUUAUUAACAUUCUUUUGAAUUAUUUUUAAUCAUGACUUCCUUUAUUAUUAAGGAUUUGUUUUUGUUUUUUUUCUUUUUCAUUUUUUGUUGAUUAUCUAACUCGGGCUCUAGUUUAUCAAGUACCACAAGCUGCAGGCAAACAUAUCUAGAGAAAUUAAAGUUGUCCUAAUUAGUAAUCAGUCACUACAGACUCAAAUCACCUCUCAUCUGGACUAUUCACUGUCGUAAGACAAAAGAGGUAGCAUUAAUCACCGCUCACCUAAGCCAUUGAGCAACGAAAAAGUAUAUCGAUUCAACAAACAAGACAAAAAAAGGAGAAAUAAACAAUAUAUACAAAGAUAAAUAAAAUUAAAAUUAAUAAAAAAAAAAACGAUAAUAAAUGUGUAAAAUAUAAAUCGCGAUUAAUUGCGUCCAUCGAAUAAACUUUUUUUCUAUUGCUGGAACUGUAUAAUUUUUCUACCUAAGGAUAGAAUUAAAAAGAUACAUAAAAGUUAAAAAAAAAAUUAACACAAUCAA